AUGAUACCAAAUGAAAUUUUUGCUGAAGACAUGAUGAGCACUGUAAUACGAUACGGAUUGUACAUUGGCGCUGCUUUUCAGAUUAUAUGUUUGUUAGCCUGUGUGACGCUCACAGAUGAACAAAGCGAGUCCCAUCCUUAUGAAAAGGCUUACACCGACAGUGACGAGUGUAGUUCAGAGCAGUCUUCACCUGGUCACAGAGCUACAACGUCCCGAGCUAGAAGACAUGACAAGAAAAAGCGUCGUUAG